ACAAUUCGUCGUUAGCAAUAAUCAUUUUCGUCUUGGCUGAAAUGAAAGUGAAGCCAAAAUGCAGAAAGAUAAAAACUGACCGCAAGGAACAACAAUGAUGACAUUGGGAUCAUCGGCGCCUCUUUGUCACUCAGAGGUGGGUUGCCAUGGCGAAAAUUCGAAACAGGCGGGAAGCAGCAUUGUGCUAUCGAAUGUUCAGUUGAUUUUCUGAAGUCGAUGUGUUUCAAAACCAAACUCACUUGGGACAGCAACAUCUCCAGGGCAGGUUAGCCAGAUUAGCUUGUGUAGCAGGAAUUUGAAGAGAUCCUGCCAUUCGGGUCAUUGCUGCAAAGGAGAUCAAUCCAUGUUGAAAAUAGUGGGACCAACAAGGUGAUGGCAAGUACAAGAGUUAUUCCAACUCCAGUCUUUGGAGAUCCUUCAGAUCUGCAGCCGAAUUCUAUGCUGCUGCAAAUUAAUGAAAGACCCCUGUCAAGACGCAGGUCUACCAGCCCAAGGAUACUGUCCCCAAGAAACAAGUCAAGUGAGAUACGCAACCACAUCAUUAGUAGCAAUGAAAGAGACAUACGUAAAAAUUCACUUAGGCGCUCCAAUACAAACCCUGACCUGCCUUCCCAAAGAACUUUUCCUUGGUCUGAGCCAAAUGCAAAUUUUGAAAGAAGGAUUGUGAGUUCAUCAGCAGGUGGCAUUAAAAGACAACCAGGCCCAGCAAUGCAAGCUGGAAAUAUAUUUGGAAUUCUUAAAGCAGAAAAUAUCAUCAGAGAAAAUGUUAGAAGAAAGUACUCCGACAUGAGAGAAGCAUUUCAGAUGCUCGACGUAGGCCACAAUCAAACUGUGACUUUGGAAAAUUUCCGACGUGUGAUUCACGCCUUCUGCUUGCAGCUUGCAGAUGACCAGUUCGAGCACUUAUUGUUAAAGAUUGGAACAAAGGAUAAUGGAGUGAUAAAUUACGUUGCUUUUCUUGAAAAGUUUCGUGUUGGUCCUGUCAUGAUGUCAGAGCCUCAGAGAUUUGCCCAAACAACACCAAGAACUAGCGAUGGAAGGUCAGAUUCUUUUGAAUUUGUUGAAACAAAGCUAAGAGAAAAGCUCGCAGCACAGCUUGAUGGCUUUAUGAAGGCUGUCCGUCUAUUCGACUAUAACAGAGAUGGCCAUGUGCAGAGGAACGAAUUGAAACGGAUCCUUGACAACUGCUGCUUUAAACUUCAGGAAAUUCAUUUCAACAAGCUGAUACAAAAAUACGUCAUAUCGCAAAAUCCUUCCAGUAUCGACUACAUGGACCUCUUGCGAAGGCUUGGUAUUGAACCAAAAUCAACGGAACAAAGACUGAAGACACCUGUCACAAAAAGCUUGUUCCUCGAUCAGUCAAACAGCCGACAAUCAAACCGCGUCAUCGCCAACGACUUACAAGGAUUAUCGAUGGGACAAAUCGAAAGGAAAUUUAGAGAGAAGGUUUUGAUAAAGUUUAAGGAUUUGAAAAGAGCGUUCGUUGCAUUUGACAAAAAGAAGGAUGGCUGCGUGACCUUAGAUGAAUUGAAAAGAAUCUUGACUCAUUUUGUUUUUCAAAUGUCCGACCAGCUGUUUGCACAGAUAAUGGAAAGGUGUGGCAUCAGAGCAACACAUAAAAUACCGUAUGAUCAUUUUCUCGACAAAUUCAAACAUUCCCCCGACGAAGGAAAUGGUCAAACUAUUCCAAUAAAACCCAGUCACAAAGUAAAUCCUAUCAGAGAGGCAGAAUCGCCGUUGGAAAUGAAAGAUGUCUGGGAGCUGCUUCGCAGUCACAUAAUGAACAGCUACUCGUCAAUCAAACGAGCGUUUCUUGCAUUCGAUGACGACAAGGAUGGGCGUGUCCGAAGGAAGGAGUUCAGAAAAAUACUCGAUUCCUUCCUGUUCCGAAUCUCAGACGAGCAAUUUAAGCAGCUCAUGUAUCGAGUCGACCCCGAAGGAAAGGGAUACGUGUCUUAUCAUGGCUUUUUGCAGACCUUUGAAGUCAAAGAAGGCAAGGGUGCUCAUCCUUGGCUCAAUGGUGAACGAAAACUAAAUCAGACCAAGCCAUUGGCUGCCAUGAACACUCAAAUGGCAGAGGAAAUACUACGCGACAAAAUAAUGGAUAAUUGGAAAACAAUGGCGAAAGCUUUUAUGAGGGUUGAUGAAAAUGCUGAUGGGUUUAUAUCAAAACAUGAAAUGAUGAAUUUGCUUAACCGCUAUCACCUUUCUAUGACAGAUGAGCAUUUCCAGCAGUUAUGGGGAAAAUGUGACGAAAACAGAGAUGGCAGGAUACAAUACAAAGAGUUUCUAAAUAACCUGGGGGUUGAUAUAACGUCUGGAGAUUUAAAGGGGAUCAGCACCCGGAUCACAGAUGAGAGCGAGGAGAAAAUUCAACUGAUGAAAACAGAUCAGCUGUCAAGACAGCAAGUUGCCAGCAAAAAUGCCCUCAGCAGGACCACUAAAAUGAAUGCAAGCGAAGUUAUUGACGUGUUAAGGGACCACAUUCGUCAACGGUCGACUGAUCUGAGAAAGACCUUUUCUAACUACGACUACGAUGGUGAUGGAAAAUUAUCAAAGAAAGAAUUUCGCAUGACACUUCAAAACCUUGGCCUUCUUAUGCAUGAUGACCAAUUCAAAGAACUGACAAACAGAUUGGGGUUUUUCAAAGGAACAAUGUCGUUUUCCGAUUUUAUUCAUAAAUUCGAAGACCUUGACAAAUUUGGCGAAGGCGGUAAAACGCUUCAUAUGAAUAAUCACAGAUAUAAUAAAGUGAAAGAAAGAUCAGAGACAAUGACUGCCGAAGAGGUCGAGAAAAUUAUGCGCAAUAAAAUAUCCGAAAGUUUUCAGACUCUUCGCCAAGCCUUUUACGCUGUCGAUGCGAACCACGACGCGCAGAUAACGAGACCCGAAUUUCGCAGAUUGCUUGACUCGUUCAUGAUUCCCAUUGACGAUUACGAGUUCGAAAGACUUAUGUCGGAGAAACUGAAGGUGCCGAAAAAUGGAACGAUCAGCUAUAGGGAUUUCAUUGGCAGAUUUCAGCAUGAUGAAAAUUUUGAAAAGGGCCAUCCAUGGUUAUUUUCGCACCAAAGUCCAAACGUUACAUAUUCCCCGCGCGAUUUAACGGCCCAAGAAGCCCACGCCUGUUUGAAAGAAAAAGCGAAUGACCAAUGGCAUGACAUUUCAGCCGCUUUCCGCGCCUUUGACAAGGACGGCAACAGCAUCGUCACUAAAGAGGAGCUGAAAACAGUUCUACAUCGAUUUAACAUCUCCAUUGAUCAACAGGAGUUCAAAAAGCUGUGGAGGCUUUACGACACCGAUAGAAAUGGCCAUGUCGAUCACAGAGAAUUUCUCCAAAGACUUGGAGUAGAGCUUGCCCCUGGAGAUGUGAAUGGAAUCAGCAACAAAAUAACAAAAGGCAGCGAAGAUGAGAUUUAUCGUCAUCAUCAGAGCCAGCAAAUGAAGCAACACAAGGCCGCAAUAAAUCAAGCCAACACGACAUCGUUCAUGACAGCUAUUGAUGUAGAAAAACAGUUAAGAGAUAAAUUCAGAGACAGUUACGAAAGCUUUCGGAAAGCAUUUGAACAGGUUGACAAGAAUAAAGAUGGUUUUAUCUCAAGAUCUGAACUCAUGAAGGUUUUAUACGACCACCAUUACUAUAUGGAUGAUAGUGAGCUGGCUGUUCUGCUGAGCAGGCUAGGGUUUGGAAACAAAGAUUCUUUGUCGUAUGGAAACUUUUUAUCCGCCUUCCAAGACCCACGACACUCGAGAAACCCGCGGUUAACGCUAGAUUCCCGCUCAAGCAAUUCAACUAGUGUCAGUUUCGAAAGUGGCGAAGAUCUAAGCCCUGAUGAGGCCCUUAUUAAGCUCCGAAAUAAAGUUGCAAAUAAUUCUGAAGCAAUUGCAAGUGCUUUUGCUGCAUUUGACAAAUCAGAAACGGGAAGAAUAAACGUUUCCGACCUACAUAUGAUAAUUAACUCGUUUUGCUUCAAGCUAUCCGAAAAGCAAUUCAAGCAUUUGCUUACAAAACUAUCGGCUCAUCCAGAUGGUACAGUCGAUUAUGAAAGCUUUAUUCAAAGUUUUCAAAGGACCGAUGCAGAGGCCAGCAAAACGUGGCUCGAAAAUGCGUUGAAGGAUGAUGUAAAGAUCCUAUCGCCUCGUUCAACUGCACAAAACAGUCCUCCAAGCUAUGAAAUCCUGGAAGAACAAAUAGGUGACAUGAUUCAAGCAAAAUAUAGGAAAAUCUCAAAGAUCCUAUCUGAUCUUGAUUUUGAUGGCAAUGGUCAAAUUCAGCCCCACUCACUUCGAAAGGUUUUAAAUGAACACACGUUGAGGUUGUCCGAUGAUCAGUUUAGCCAGCUGUGGAGCAAAUUUGAUCAAAAUCGAGAGGGCUCCAUUAAUUAUAAAGAUUUCUUGAAUCGCUUCAGUGGACAAUAUUCACCAAGGGAUUUAAUUCCACGCAACGAAGAAAACAUUUUACAGGUUGCGUCACCACGAAGACCGAUUUCUCCAUCCAAGAAUCAAGUCCCUAAUCACUGUCAUCGUCCA